AUGAGUCAUGCCGAAAUCAACUAUGAACCGCAAGCAAUGGACCUUCACAGAGCUUGCAGGAUCGGCGAUCUCCACGCAAUUCAAUUUGCAUAUGAAGCUCAGCCACAAAAAAUCAACGAGAAAGAUGCAGGUGUAAGAAAUAUGCAGUUAGGAUGGGCUCCUUUAUAUAGAAGUGUAAUAUGUGGGCACUACGAAGCCUCUGAAUAUCUAUUAAGCAAGGGUGCAGACCCAAAUAUUUCGAAUAAUCUAGGAGAAACCCCUCUGCAUCAGGCUGCAGAUAACAGCCAAUAUCAAAUGGCAGAAUUAUUGCUUGCAAAUCGAGCCAAUCCCAAUUUUCAGCAAAAUGAUGGUGAUAGUCCGCUUCAUCAUUCUGCGUUCAGAGGAGAUGCGAAAAUGAUCAAGCUCUUGCUUGAAUUCGGAGCAGACCCCAACUUGCCAAAUUAUAUGGUAAUUUCUAUCUAGUUCGGGAGAACUCCGCUUCAUUACGCAGUUGACUGCGGGUAUUUGGAUUGUGUCAAAAUUAUGAUUAUUCAUGGAGCUGACCCUUCUAUUAGGGACAAACAAGGAAAAUCUGCCUACGAUCUUACCAAUGAUGGGAAAAUAUUUGAAAUUUUAAACAGAAAGUCGUGUAAUACAGAUCAAACUGAAGAGCACACUGAAGAACAAAGCGCUGUAUUUUUGAGUCCUAACAGCGUAUUUAUGAGCCCUUCUUCUCAAGGAGCACUUAGUCCAAUUAGUGAAGUCGCUUCUUAUGAUUUUAGCGAUUUUGGAGUCAAUGAUAAAACCAAUACUCAAGGCCAAGUUUUAGACACUUUUGGGAAAGAUAAAGGCCAAGAGACGAAAAAUAACUCUUAUCACGAUACCACUGUCCAGAGCAGUACCAAAAGUCAUAGAGUAAAUAAAGACUAUGAGUUGAAGCCUCUUUUUAACUGGCUGGACAAAUUGGAUCUCUCAGAUUUGUACGAAAUCAUGGUAUCUGCUGGAUACGAUGAUGUACAGUCAAUGUCCGCUCAAAUGCUGACUCCAAUGCCUAUAACUGAGCAGCAUCUCGCUUCAAUUGGAAUUGCGAAGCCAGGCCAUUAUAGGAGGAUUCUAAUGAAGCUCGAAGAGGAAGCAGGCCUCUUUCGCAUUAACCCUUAUAGAAAACCCCAAUCAGCAGAGUGAGCAGGAAAUAAGGGAGUUUUGAAGUGCUGCACAACGCCUGAUGGAGCUACAGCUGGAAUUUAUAGUCCGCCAACAAUAAAAGAAUGGCUUGACACAAUGAGCUUAGGAUUUUUGCUAGAAAAUUUUAUUGACUCUGGCUACGACGACUAUGAAAGCAUGAUGCUGAUGAUGUUCACACAUAGGCAAAUGACACAUGAAAUUCUUGAAAAAGAUCUAAAAAUUAAAACUGCAGCAUAUCGCAAAAAAAUCCUCAAUCGACUCGAGCAGGAUAAAAAGUAUUAUGCCCCGAGAUUUCAAUUGAGCCCUGAAAUAGUAUCCUUUUUGAGAAAGAAUGUGCAUCCUAGCUAUUCCUCUAAAAUUAAUAAAUCAUUCUAUCUUAAGUGGGGAUAUAUUUUGAAGAAUCAAAAGGAGUUGCUUGUGAAAUGUGCCGCUUAAUGUAA